CUUGCGAGCAAAGCGAGCCGCUGCAGCGCACAGCUCUGCCCUCCGCGGUGACUGGCAGUCUUCUCCGACGCGUCCGCGCUGCUUCUGGGCACGGACGAGCACCGGGAAAGUCGGGAACGGAACGGGACCGGUAUGAAACGGCCGUUCAGCCCCUCAGCUCCGUCAAACACCGAGCCGGACCACAGGGGGUUCGGCGGCGGACGGGACGAUCCGAUGGACGGCGAGCUUUGCUGCGACCCGCACGGUGACGGCGCAGUGGCGGACGAGCCGCCGCCAGGGGGCGCCACGCCGCCCGCCUACUGCAGAGCCAAGCGGGAGCGGAAGCAGCGGAGCUACACGCUGUGCGGGGUCUGCAACAUCCAACUCAACUCGGCCGCACAGGCUCAGAUCCACUACAACGGGAAGUCCCACCAGAAGAGGCUGAAGCAAAUCAGCAAUGGCAAAGUGCCAAGCAGCGCAGGUACGUCGGCCCAAGGCAGCCCCCUGCUGGCCUCCCUCCCUGUCCCGGGGCGGCCUCUGCAGCCUCAGCUCGACCUCAAACACCUCCUGCCCUUCAGGCUCAACGGAUCGUCCCCCCUCAGCCUCUUCCCCAACUUUAACACAAUGGACCCUGUCCAGAAGGCAGUGAUCAACCACACGUUCGGUGUCCCUCAGCCCCUCAAGAAGAAACAGAUUAUCUCCUGCAACAUUUGCCACCUGCGCUUUAACUCAACGAACCAAGCCGAGGCCCACUACAAGGGCCACAAGCACGCCCGCAAACUCAAAGCCAUGGAGGCCCAGAAGAACAGGCAGCGGCGAGCGGGGGAGGCCUCGUCCGCCGGCAGAGAGAGGGACCGGGACCGGGACCGGGACCGGGACUGGGAGCGAGAGCGCGACCGGAGCAAAGCGCCAGCGACUGAGGCGCCGCCCCCUGCGCUCAUGGAAACGAGCCUAGCGGAGGAAACAAGUCUUCAGUCUGAUUUGGAACCCACGAACCUAGAAGCAAAGCCGGAGGAAAGUUCCCGGAGCUCAGUGAUGUUGACGCCAUUAUCUGAGACGUCCUCUGUGGAGCUGGUCACCCUCUCCCCUCCUCAAACUUCGCCCUCCUCACACCUCACUGAAACCACCUCAAUCACCAGCGCCCCUGAAGUCCCAGAGGGCCCGGCCGUCGAGCCAGGCAGCACAGACCCAUCCAGCACAAACGCGGAGCCACCGGCGGACGAGGACAAGGACCCGAAGAAGAGCAAAGCUCACCUCCAUUGUCCCGUUUGCAAAGUCACAGUCAACUCCAUCUCCCAACUCGAAGCACAUAAUAGCGGUACAAAGCACAAACUGAUGCUGGAGGGUCACAAUGUCCUGCCGCGGCGCCGGGGGAAGGUGGUGGCAGCACGGGCGGGAUGCAAGAGUAAGCGCCUGGCCAGUAAAGGCAGCGUCGGCGUGCCCAGCAAGCACUUCCAGUGUGAAGUGUGCGAGAUCUUUGUGAACUCUGAAACCCAGCUGAGCCAGCACAUGAACAGCAGAAGGCACAAGGAUCGGAUGGCUGGCAAACCACCGAAACCCAAAUUUACCCCCCACACCAAGAGCCAGCCAAGCUCCGGCUUAGCGAACGUGAAAUGGGGCGGCUACGCAGGCGUGGCUGUGUCUGCCAUGAAGGAAGCCUUUACGCAGUACAACCUCACCUCCCUCUCCUCGCAGACCAAACUGGCCUUGCAGAAGCAGCUGACCAAGAGCUUGACAACUGGCUUCCUGCCCAGCCCCCUCACCCCACCAACUCUGUGCACAGUGGCAACUAACCCGCUGGCGCUGCGCCACCCAGUGGGCACCACCGCCUUCAUCCAGACCCCAUUCCUGGGCCCCGCACUGUUUCGGCCUGCCCCAGGGCCACUGCGGGCCACACACACACCCAUCAUCUUCUCCCCCUACUAGAGACCUCACCUACAGAACUUCCCAUCUGAGCUCCACACCUGUCCCUUUACCAAACCCUAGGCCCUUCUUUAGUGUGACCCAUGCGACAAAGGCCACACGCAAACUAUGCAGCCUGUCUGACUUAAGAAGUGCACAAGUUCUGGUACUUACUGGGCCAGGGGUGUCAAACUCGGACCACUCUUUUACUGGUUUCCCAGCUCUCCCUGCCCCAGCUCCUACUGAUUACCUGUAUCAGGUGUGUUAAGUCAAUCAGCAGCAGAACUCAGCCAACUGACACACCGGUUCAAGGGAAUCAGCAGGGAGAGCUGGAAAACCAGCAGGGACACCGGCCGUUUGACACGCGUGCACUAGGCCAUGAGGCCCGAGAACUGUUCCUAUGAUAAAGGCCAAGAUCCCCCAUCAUGCCUUCUUUCUGCUCCUCCUAUAAUGACCUAAGGAACACACCAGGCCUCCAGACAGUGACUGAUGCCCAGAGGCCGCUUUUAUAGCCAUUUCAUCGGUCAACAUGGUUAGAAAUACAGUAUGGAUAUUAUUGUGUAAUUUAUUAGAGAAUAAAUAUAGACAAGUCUAGAUGUAUGUUUAGUGUGGUUGCCAAAAAAUAAGGUCCCUUUACUUGAUACUCUUUGCAAAUUAUUGGUUUGGGGAUUCUGAGAAGGGUUUGAACGAUCAUACAGUAAAUAUGUUGGACAAGCCUGUCUCACUGAUCAGUGUACCUCACAACAAGAGAUCAUCAGCUGUACCUGCAUUUGGCCAUCAGUAAACAUCUCUCUGGUCAAAUAGAGCCCAGUGAGCAGCAUGUGCAUCUACAACCACAUGCUCUAGGUCCAUACUGUAUGCUUCAGACCCUCAGCUCCCCCAGCAGCGUGUCUGUCUCCUUAAUUAGGUCAAUUGAAGCAUUUCUUCUCUUUCUUUCUGAGUCUAAGCCAUAUUCAUACCCCUCCAGAUUCCUUAUUUUCAGUAUCCUCAGGAUCAAGCAAUUAUUAGGAUCCAGAAAAGGUCAGCUUGUCAACUUGACUUUGUUUCAAUUUGCAAGUCUGUCUUUGUAACAUAUUUAUCUCACCCCAGCGUAUCAUUCAUGGCAUUGGGCGUAACAUUAUGCUCUCUUCGGGCUGGAGACGUGGAAAAAAUGUUUGCGGCUAUGGAUGUCUUACAUUUCAAAAUGCCAUGUCACAUCUUUCACCCUGUGAUUGCUCUUGCCUCUUCCUUCCUCCCUCACUCUUGCUGUCGUCACCUCCCCAGUGCCCCUGAUUUCCUUUUUGUUAUCGCAGCGUGAGAUGAUGAGGAGCAUCAUCUCCUCAUCACCUCCCGCCCCCCAACACUUGCGCACGCAAUCACACACAUAUUGACAACACAAUGAACUUGAGGACUUGAUGGGAUUUCAGAGCUAAAUGACAAGUUUGGAUGACAGUGGGUGGGGAGGCUGCUCAGCCAGUACUUGAUUGACAUCCUAUUGCAAUUCCUGCACACAGCGUGGGAGGGAACAAAGCACAGUGCCAUGGCAACCACAUUAAAAGCACCUUAAAACUGAUUUACUUACAAAAGCAAUUACAUUUGUGUUGAUAUUCACUUUGUUUUGCUCUGCGUAUGUUUUUUACAUUUCCAUGUCAGUUUCAUUCUUUGGGGAAUAAAAAUACAAUCAGGUGAGAGAGCGCAAAUCUCACAUUUAAAGCAAUACAUUCUGUAUGUUUAUGUUUAUGAAGUGUCAAUGGCUUUAUCUAUUCUAUACUGUACACACCUGUAACAAUGCAUUAUGUACUCCACCACAGCCAAAGGCCAACCAUGAAUUGUUAGUGAGAUGUAACUCUGAAAGGACGGCUCGUCUUGACGCUCGUGGCCAGUCUCCACAUGCGACUCCGGGUUGAGCCGAUCCAUUUAUAGCCGCUCCGUACGACGUUUGCCGUUUCAUUUUGUAGUGGAGCAGGGGAACGUUCUCUACGACUUCCACUGAGCAAAACAAUAUUACAUCCGAGGCCAGUGUUUGGCAUAAGUGUCACAAGUGCAACAUCGACUGCCAUAUUGCUGUUCAUGCUUGUGCGCUGUCUCGCCCCCCCAUCCCUGAAUAUCUACUGACACACAGCGACUCCUCUGCCAGAACGGACUUUUGGCCAGAUUUCACAAGAGCUCAAAGCACAUACGUCAUCUUUUCUUCAACACUCAUACCAAAUCAUGUUCUCCUGAAUUACAGUAUCCUAUGCAUUUCUCAUUGUGCAAUAUGUAUAGUUGUUUGUGAUGCAGCAGUGCCAUCUGUUGUGUAAAUUCUGUAAUUGCCAUCCAGUACUAGUGCUUCUACAAGACCUCUUCUCCUAUGUGCAUUUCUGUUAAAGUUAUCUGGGUAAGUGAAGCCACCGAGUCUCCCUGCCAUAUCGAUGUGAUUUUUCCAGUCGCACUACUCAGUGAACCAGCCAGCCUUUAAUCUUUACUGUUUGUUUGUUUCUAUUGCUCAGUGAGAACUCUCACCUAAAGGACUGAACCUUUUCUUAAAAUAAAUCUAGAGAAGGCAAACUAUAUGUAGAAACCAUAGAGUAACUAUUAGAUUUUAUCAGAUUUGCUAUUGUUAUCUGUAUCAUAUUGAUCUGCUAAAUAGAAGACAGUAGGUUAUGUUAUUGUAGACUCUGUGCAACAUACAGAGACAUAAAAAUGCUUUGCCGUAUCCUUUUUGUUCGUUUAUUAACAUGGUUUUAUGAAUAUGUUUUUUAAGUACAAGAGAAAAUAUUUAAAACAACAUUUGGAGUGAUUUUCUUUUCUCUUUGUUGAUGACUGAGUUAAUAAUGUUAUUUAAGGCCUUUUUAGACAGUAUCUUAGCAUCACAUUAGCCAGGCCUUCUCAGGGGUGACAGGUUGAGCAAAUGACCAUCGAUUCAGGGUACCCCUGCAUAACUACAGAGCAGGAAACACUGGAUGGAUUGAAAAUAUAAGCGUACCAUUCUGUACAUCAGAAAAGAAUAGGGAUGGAUUUUGGAAAAUAAAGCUUUUAGAACUUGUAUAAAUGCUUUAAUUGUUAUGUAAAUAUCUUCAUUUUUGAAUGUGUGUGUGUAUUAUGGGUAAAAGAGGAUCAGAGCAGUGUUCCAGAAGGCAGAUUGAUGUCUGAGCAAUAACGUGUGUGUGGGUGUGUGCGAGAGAAAGACACAGGCAUUUCUAAUGAAUUAACAGUGACAAUAAGAAUGCUCAGAUGUUCAGAACUGCUCUUUUAGUUUUUGCUUUGAUUGAAUUGAGUUUAUUUUAGCUUCAACCGAAAUGCAAAAUGCAUAAUACGUCCCUUUCUCUAAAUAUUAUGAGGUUAAUUGGUCAAAGAUGAGGAUGUUCUGGAGCAUGUCCAGCUGAAACAGUGUUUUAACAUGUGAUCUGCAGGUGAGUCUGGGGAAGGUAAGGUAAAGAAGGACAUGAUGACCUUGCGAGGCUGAGAGACUGUGUAUCCACCACCUGCUCACAAUGAAGGAAGUGACAGCUCCUACUUGAUAUAGGCCAUUGAACUUUCACCUGUCUUUGAGUAACCCACAUGUUAUAGGUUCAAUAGUAGAUGACUAGUAAUGUUACUACUGCAACUACUGAUACUCACAGAAAGAUACAUACAUACAUACAUACAUACAUACAUACAUACAUACAUACAUACAUACAUACAUACAUACAUACAUACAUACAUACAUACAUACAUACAUACAUACAUACAUACAUAGAGAUAUAGAUUGAUAUAUGUGCACUGGUUAGUGCAUUGAGUCAUUGCCAACAGUGCCAACUGUUUGCUCAUUUGCAAACAUCGGUGGCUUCUUUGCACUUUAAAAGAAAGUUUUUAUACUGUAAAACCACUUCAAUUUGAAUUUAUUUAAUUAUUUAUUAUGCAUCAGCUGUGUCACAUUAUCAAUUGCAAAGUUUUAUUAUACAUCAUAAUAAUGACUGUGAAACUGGGUCAUUGUAGUGCGGUUGCAUUGUUGAACUCUAUUGUCUCCUCACAUAAAAAUUAGUGUGUAUAAAAUGUGCAUUUUACAGGUGCCCUGGGAAAGUGGUUUGAUCAGCAGUAAUUAUGAUUCUGGUGAUGGUAGCUGCCAUUAUGCUUUAUACGGUUUUGCAAUAACAGUUUGAAACAUGAGGGAAUCAGCAAGUACAGAUUUUUUUUCUUUGGUCAGUGAAGUCUGAAGGAAGAAGACGGUUCAUAAAUUGCACUAUAAACUAUCAAUCAAUUUCUCACUCCUUUAGGCUCAUGGUGUGUAUUUUAUAUCUUGUGUUAUUAAUCGUUCUGUUUUUAUAUGGGUCAUUACAGUCUUGGGAACAGGUUGAUACAGAACUUUUUCACAGAAGGACAUAAUUGGGCAUAUAAAAUUACCACACUGAGUGAAUUCUAACUUUUAGGAUGAACAUGAAAUAGGUGGAAUUGUGUGAAAACUACAGAGGGUGUAAUAUCAUUUCACAAAUGUCUUGCCAACACUUUAGGUUUUCUCAUUAUCUUGCAUUACCUCUCUAGAAAACAAGGCGAUGUAGAACCUGCAGACCUCCUAUUCUCUGCUGUGUGUGACCCUAUUAAUCGGUAGAACAGAGCAUUCUGCUACCAAACGUGUAUGUCAGCCAAUAUAUUUUUAUUGAAAAAGAAUCACACACAGGCUUCAGAUGUUUCUUAAUUCUCAAUUUAAUGAUGUCAGCAAAAGCGUUUGCCUGUAGGCUAAACAGUGUCAACCACAAUUUAACGAUCACUCACUUCCUCUUGGACAAACUGGUAAUAAACAUUAUUUGUAUGUACAUACAGUAUAAGCCCAUCAGGUUGUGUUGCUGCUCUAUAGAUUUCUUCAUAUAAGUGUUUACAGUAUAACUUUUAUUCUAAUGUUUCACUGUAAAUAUUCAGUGUCAUUCUAUUUUAUGCACCUCCAGUUACAGUUCCAUUAAGAGUUUCUUUAAUUCAUCUGAUUCAAGAAUCCAGGAACAAAUUCAGCAAAUGUGUGAUUCAUGAUAAUUGGCUAUAUAGAAAGAUUUUAAACUGACUUGACCAAAACACAUGUUGCACAUGACGUAGUUUUAUUUGCAUACUGUAUCAAUGGACUUCUUUAGUACACACAUGGAUAUUUAUUUCCCUUAAAAACUGAAGGAAACAAUAUGGUCUAAAAGCACAGUGUAACUUAAACAGAACAUUCACAGUGUUUUACUGAAAGAACAGACAUCUAUUGGCCAUAAUUCAUAGCAUAAUAUAGUAUGCCACCCACUGAGCUCUGCAGUAUAGAUUUAGUAGAAUGAUCACCUUUCUGGGAACUGGUAACUGGAAUUUACAGCAGAUCUUACAGCAGAACUUUUGCCAUUCGCUUGUACCGGUUCAGCUAUUGAAAUGAGCAAAGAGUGUAUAUUAACCAAUUACAUUUAUUUAGGCACAGCAAAGAACACGAAUAGAACACGAUUCUAGUGGUCAAACCAACCAGCUGGUCAGACCUUAAUGUAUGAGAACAAUGCCUUGAUUGCAAAACAGCACAGUAGAUACAGUGUAUGUGCCACAGUUUCAGUCAUGGUUGGAAAGCCUUCAUAGAA